AUGGUUACUAUUCUGAUUCAACUCCAAAACUCUCUAAAAUGGUUCCAAAGCUCGUUUCUCGUGGAAAAAUCGAAAACUCCUGUGGAAAUUCAGGACAUCUAUCAACGAAUUCCAGAAUAUCAAAAGUUCAGCAGCAUACUGGUUCAGACACCAAUUCACCGCCAGAAUAUGAAAUUUCAAGAUUUGAAAACGCUUUUGGAAAUUGCUGAUUUCACAGUUUUUGUCGUUGCUCAGGACCCAAAAAAGUGUCAGAGGGACCCUGAUUUGUUGGCCGAAGCCCUGCCAAUUGUAUUGGUUCCGGAUGAGAGACCGCCAUUGGCCAUGAUGUCCAUCUGCCUUCAAAAUAAUCCACGUCACCAGAAUCCAAGUCUAGAUUCUAGAUUUUUCUACGAUCUUUUCCGUCAUGAAAUCCUUCACGGACUAGGAUAUGGACUGAUAAUUGAUAAGAGCAGUAUCACUCAUAAACCAUCAGAAAAAUACAUUUGGAAUCAUUCGAAUGGUCUGGGACAACCAGAAAAUCGUCAUUUUUUAGAUUUCGACACUUUUGCCUUGGAAUUUACGAAAAAACAUUUUUCAUGUGAAAAUAUGAAGGGGGUUGAAGCAGAUGGGGAGAGAAAAAAUCAUUUGAAUGAGUACAUUUUUGGGAUGAUUCUAAUACUGUUUAGGACUUCAGAACUGGAUUAG